AUGUGACCCCUGCGUACCAAAGCACGUCGGGUGCAACGACCGUUGAUGGCGAUCGCGUGCGGCGCACUGCGUUCGAUCGAUUCCUGCCUAUUAAUACCCCGGCAAGGUGCUCCUCCCCAGACCAUCCAAACACAGAACCUCCUCUCUACUGCUUAGUACCAUUAGCUACUCUCUCAAGCUUUGAGUUGGUAACGAAGCUAGCAAUAUGGCCUCCGUCUCCUGCAAGGUGGUUGCACUUGGUGCAGUGCUCUUCUCCCUCCUUGUCACGUAUGGCUCGUGCGCUAGGCCGGUCAAUUUUAACGCCUCCGACUUCACCGCCGACCCCAACUGGGAGGCUGCCAGGGCCACCUGGUACGGCGCGCCCACCGGCGCCGGCCCUGACGACGACGGUGGCGCCUGCGGCUUCAAGAACGUGAACCUGCCGCCGUUUUCGGCCAUGACGUCCUGCGGCAACGAGCCCCUGUUCAAGGAUGGCAAGGGCUGUGGCUCCUGCUACCAGAUAAGAUGCGUCAACCAUCCUGCAUGCUCCGGCAACGCAGAGACGGUCAUCAUCACUGACAUGAACUACUACCCGGUCGCCAAGUACCACUUCGACCUCAGCGGCACGGCCUUCGGCGCCAUGUCCAAGCCCGGCCGCAACGACGAGCUCCGCCACGCUGGCAUCAUCGACAUCCAGUUCAAGAGAGUGCCCUGCAACUACCCCGGCCAGAAGGUGACGUUCCACGUCGAGGAGGGCUCGAACCCCGUCUACUUGGCGGUGCUCGUCGAGUUCGAAGACGGCGACGGCGACGUGGUGCAGGUGGACCUCAUGGAGGCCAACUCCGGGUCGUGGACGCCGAUGCGCGAGUCGUGGGGAUCCAUCUGGAGGCUGGACUCCAGCCACCGCCUCACGGCGCCAUUCUCGCUGCGCAUCACCAACGAGUCCGGCAGGACGCUUGUGGCGAACCAGGUCAUCCCGGCCAACUGGGUGCCCAACACCUACUACCGCUCCAUCAUCCAGUAUUAGCUCAUGAUCUCCCGCCGAGCAAAAUUAUUCGGUGUCAUUGGCUUGAUUAUUAGUUUGGUAUUGUGUCGUCUUUGCACUGGAUUGAGGUUCCUUAAACAGUUACAGUAGGUGGGACAUCACGAGUCGGGCUAUGCCGUAGCUGUUGUUGUAUGUCUCCAGAGAUAUGACGACUGGGAAAUGGAGGAGGCAGUUUGCAUGUGCUUUCCCGCCCACGGUCAAUGAAUGUACCAGUGUGAUCAAGAUUAUAAAUUAUUAGCAACAUUAUGUGGUC